CCCACAUCGAAAAACACCAUUCCAUUCUUGGGGGUGGAAAACGUCAACCUGUGGAGGAAUCAACGACUUCUGCGAUGUGAACUUUGGGGAAUUAAAACCAUGAGAAGUGUGAAGAGGAAAAAGCUACUGAACUUAAAAAGCACUCCAGUUGAAGUUUACAUGAAAGUGAUGUUCUAGAAGAAAAAAAAAACGGCAACCAUAGCCAUAUUCUGCCGCACCAAUUCGCCAUAUGGUUAGAGCGUGUGCCUCUUUAGUGUGUUCAUAGCCCGUUGUGGAUUAUUAUGAGGCGUCAUGGCGUGGUGUGACCGUGGGUGUCAGAUACUGCUGACCAUCGUGGGCGCUUUUUCAGCUUUCAGUCUGAUGACAAUAGCUAUUGGGACCGACUACUGGCUCUAUUCUCGGGCGUACAUAUGUAACGCCACCAAUGUCACCACGGACGACAUGCAACCCAAGAAAACUAGAGGCGACCUGACGCACUCCGGACUGUGGCGGAUUUGUUGUAUAGAAGGGAUCAACAAAGGAAGCUGUCUUCGGAUCAAUCACUUCCCAGAAGAUAACAACUACGACACAGACAGCUCGGAAUACAUCUUACGUAUAGUGCGGGCCUCCAGCCUCUUCCCCAUCCUAAGCAACAUCUUGUUGUUGCUGGGAGGACUGUGUGUCGGGGCUGGGAGGAUCUACAGCAGUAAGAACAACAUCCUGCUCAGCGCCGGCAUCCUGUUUGUGGCUGCAGGUCUAAGCAACAUCAUCGGCAUCAUCGUCUACAUCUCCAGUAAUGCCGGUGACCCCAGCGACAAGAAGGACGAGGACAAUAAGGGUAGCUAUGGAUACGGCUGGUCUUUCUACUUCGGAGCGCUGUCCUUCAUCGUGGCGGAGUCCGUUGGCGUUCUCGCUGUCAACAUCUACAUCGAGAAGAACAAGGAGACGCGGUGCCGGGCGAGGCGGGAGUUCAUCAAGACCACCUCGUCCACCUCGCCCUACUCCCGUAUCCCUAGUUACCGUUACCGGCGGCGACGCUCCCGUUCCAGUUCCCGCUCCACCGACCCGUCCCGAGAGACCUCACCCGUCGGGGUUAAGAUGGGAGGAGGAGGGGGAGCAGGCAUAGGAAGUGGAGCAAGCUUUGGGAUGCCCAUGGGUGGUAUCUCCAUGUACGCCCUCAGUAGGGACACUAUGAAAAGUGGGAUAGCUGGGUACUGUAGUCCAGAGCGUGACUCAAGCUUCCUGCAGGUCCACAACUGCUUCCAGAAAGAUCUGAAGGAGGGUGUCAACAGGAGAACGACUCCCGUAUGAGGGUUGGAAUGCAUCUCUGAACUUGGUAGGAUACAGGAGACUUCACUAAACUGUAAAGUAAACACUUGGACAGCACAUGAUCCAGGAUCAUUGUUGCAACUACAAUACACAGACUAUCUUCCAUGUUGAAAGGUCAUAGUUCAUAUGAUGGAGUGUGCUCUUUCUGUGGUAUAACAAAUUGCCGUCCGUCUUCGUUUGAAUGUGGAGGAGAAAUGGACGCUGAAGGAAUAUUUCGAAAACCUUUGGUAAAGCUACUAUAAGUCCAUUUACAAAGACUACAGAAACCCAGAACUUUAGUAGCAAUGCUUCUGUGAUACACGAAAAGAAAAGUAUGUGUUUUGCAUAUCCCUCAACAAAUGGUAGUCAUAUCUUGUUGUUUUGAUGUUGUCAAGUGAUAAAACUCACUGGAGGGGUUUGAUUUUGCCAUUGUAACUGGUGCUAUACACUUUCAACACACUUUGAAUAUUCUGAUUACACUCUUAGAAGAAAGGGUUCCAAAAUAGUUUUGGGCUGUAGGAGAACCCUUUUUUACUUUGGGUUCCAUGUAGAACCCCAUGUAGAAGGGGUUCUAUACUGAACAAAAAUAUAAACGCAACAUGUAAAGUGUU